GGCAUAUGGAACAAAAAUGGGCUCUAAUCUCAAAAUCUUUUCUGUGAGUAGUAAGUACCCAGUGAUUUAUUGAGAUAAAUCACCCAGCAAAACGUCUUUGUUAGCGAUCUGUACGCACAAUUAAACAGAGCUUUCUAGAUGACUAGAUUAAAAACAUGCAAUAUUCAAAUGUCUUUCUGUAUAACUCUCAUUAUAUUUAACAAACAACAUCAUAUUGCAGGCUCAGUGUUAUAAGCUAUGAACAACAUAAAACAAUUUCUUUAGUUAAUGUAAAUUGUAAUUUUUCUACAUUAUCUAGAUAAACUGCUGCAGACAUAAAAUAUUCGUAAUAUGCAGUCUUUCGGCUGUAUGGGCGAUAUAGAAAAAAUAGUUGAUUUCAGCUGGAAAUGUAAAGGUUAAAUAUUGCUAGUUUACAGUGAGCAGUGGAAAUGAUGUAAUGAUAGCUUUAAAGUGGGAUUCUGAAAGUCAAAUUGACUAUAUGACAAAUGAGUAUUAGAAAACAAUGAGUGACAGAUGGGAGUGUGGAAGGAUAAGAAUUAAACCCACUGUUUCCAUGGCAAUUUCAAUUAUCCAUCAAAAAGCAAAAUGCUCAAAUUGAAGUCACUUACUGCAGUCAUUUUAAACUUGCUAAAACUUUGUCAGAUCAAGCGAGAGAUGGCAAAAGCAGUUUCGGUAUUACCUGGCAUCUCGGUGGCAUGGCCAUAUUCACCUUAAAAAGGUUAAAAAAUUUAAAUCUUUUUUAGUUUGGAAAAACGGCGCCUCAGAGGGGAUAUGAUAACUUUAUAAAAAUAUAUUCGGGGCCAGUACAAACCAUUAUCUGGAAAUCUGUUUAUAAACAGGGCUACACAUAGGACACGAGGUCACACAUUUAGGCUGGAAGAAAGGAGAUUCCGUCUAAGGCAAAGAAAAAGUUUUUUUUACAGUAAGAGCAAUAAGGAUGUGGAAUUCUCUGCCUGAAGAGGUGGUUUUAUCAGAGUCCAUACAGAUGUUUAAACUGCAAUUGGAUAAAUACUUGCAAAAACAUAACAUACAGGGAUAUAAUUUCUAAUUAGUGGGGUAAUAGCUGCUUUGUUGCAAAAUUGGAAGCACUGCAGACUAGGUUUUCUGCCUUCUUUUGGAUCAACAGCAAAAACAUAUGUGAGGAAGGCUGAACUUGAUGGACGCAAGUCUCUUUUCAACUAUGUAACUAUGUAACCUACUUGAUAAAGUUACUGCCAUCCCUCUCUUAUUCCAGUCAUCUGAUGAUGCCAGAAUAGCUUUCUCCUUAUGUAUAGUUUAUUCUUUGAUAGUUUCAUGAAGCUAAUGCAAAACUAAGUACUGAAGGUGAAAAGUGUAAAUUAACAGAAACUGUUCAAAACGAGUCAUUAACUUUGAAGAAAGUAAAACAGGAUUACAAAUGCAGCUGCAAAGCUUAGCAAGAUUGAAUGUUUUCUAUUAGCUAAAUAUGUCCGUUAUAAAAGAGGUCUGACUAUUAGCACAUUGAUUUGCAAGUGUCAACAAAUACAGAGUUCCACAAACCUGAUAUUAAUUGCAUGGGUGACAUUGGGACUCUGCUGGCAUCCAUGUCACAUAAUCCGGAGUUUGGAUCUAAAAACCCCAGACCGUGGAGCAAUGGGAAAAGUAAUAUGGUUUUAAUGAGUCACUUUCACCCUGCAUUCUGCAUCCUAUGGGUUUGCUUCAAGAGAAAGCCAAAUGAUGCCUUCAGCCCUCAAUAUAUGUUGCUAAGGGUUUAACGUGGUGAAGGAACCAUGUUGGUAUUGUAUGACCAUACUCUGCAUGGUCAUACAAUGGCCAAGGUAUUUGUGGUCAUUUUAAAGCUGUACAUCUUUCGGACGUCCUGGAGUGUAGACAUAAGAUGUUGUUCUGCAGCAAAGUAUAGCCUAAGUUUCACAUCUGUUUCUUUUCAUUGUCUUCGCCCAUUGUAUGCGCUUACAAAUGCUUUAAAAUGUUUGAAAAACAUUUGUAGGGAAAUCGCGAUCUCAUAUCAGAUAUGUAUCAAAAUGUAAACAUCUAUCAAUGAGUCAUUAGUGAUGUGGAUGUGAUCACAAUCCCAGGUAUCCAUAGAGUUUGACAGGAUGACAUUAAGAUGGCAAGUUUCAGUGAUGACACUCAAGCCAAAGAGGAAUUAGUACCUUAAAGAAACGUACACACAUGGAACUGUUCAUUUGGAUUAUAUAAUAGGUUAAUGCCACAGUUGUCACCUAUUGGCAGUAUCAAUGCACUUGGCUCUUUGUGACCUUUAACCUGUGAUGCAAUCGAGAUCCUCUCAAAAGGUGUCAAGUAGUUUUGUUGAUAACAUUGUAACAUGGACCUAUCAAGCUCAGCAUUGCGAGAUUAACCAUGAAAUCAGUAUGUAAUCUGAGUUUUAUGACAAUACAAUUUUUGACAUUGGUGGUGUUAUUGGCUAAAAAAAAAUGUUUGUGAAAUUUGCAUUGUGAUUGCAUUGAUAGCUGUCAAACAAUACCAGCUAUGAGUCAGGAAAUGUUAUUGACCAGUUACCAACGCGGGAUUGUAAUGCAGCCCUUGGUAAAACUCACCAUCACCCUUUUUAAGACUGUCCAGGUAACUCCCAUUAAACUGAUCGACUCAAUGUUUUUAAUGGGUACAUAUGUAGUUGUAUCACACAAUGAUAGCUCUGUCGCAUAUAAAAAAAAAAAAAAUCAAAUCUAACACCUUUUGAAUGUGACACAAUUUCAGUGACAGACAAUGUUUCACACCCUAAAGCAAUGGCUGUCUAGAUUUAAAGAUAAUUACGUCCCAAGAAGUGGGAGAGCUUCUUCAAAAUCAUAAGGGAUACUGAUGUAGCUAAAAAGUGACAAUGGUUCAAAUUAGAUUUUGAAUUGAAUUUUACUAUGAUCUUAUUUAUUACAAAUCUUUCUAGCACCCUGUAACAUUGUUCAUUAAGGUUAAUAAAAAAUAAAGGUCCCAUGUCCAUUGCUAUUUCAGUAGGAGUGUAUCACCAUCCUGUCUCUUUAAAUUAACAUCCAAUGCACACUUUUUUUAUAUCACAUGAAAGUAAAUAUAGAUCAGGGGUGCCCAAAAGGUAGAUCCCAAGAUGUUUUAAAACCACAACUCCCAUGAUGCUUUGCCAUUCUGAAUGCAUUCUAAAGCCAUGCAAAGCAUGAUGUGAGUUGUAGUUCUACAUCAUCUGGAGAUUAACCUUUUGGGCACCCUGUUGUACAUAAUUUCAGAAUUAUUUUGCCUGCUCAUAAAUCAUACGUUUACUCUAAAAUGUAUCAUUACUGGGGUUAGAGGUGGGUGCCAAGGCUCAGUUCCAGGCCAAAGGUGCCAAGUAAGCUAGGUGUACCUCUAAAGAUAACAUUGUUAUAUUUUAUAAUCUUAUAAUCUUAUAAUGUGCCUAUAAUUAAAGUGCAAUACAUUAUUGUUGUUUUUUUAAAAUUGCACUUCUGACACAUAUUUAUUCAUCCUCUGCAACAAGAUUUCUGAAAACUAAAUGAAAAAUUAAACAUAUGCGAUCACUUUUUAUUAAUAUACAAAUUAGAUCACUUUUCUAUUUCCAGGCAUCUGGUAGACUGAUGCCUAUUUUGGUCAAUUACCAUUUCUAAUCAGUUUUCUCAUGAAAACUAUUUUAUAAAUAAUCCCCAGUAAUAAACAAGUGGGACAGUAUGAAGCAUAACAUUUGCUGCUAAAACGGGUCUCGGUAUCGUUAUAGGACAAACUGUAUAUCAUUGGACUCAGGCACUACCCUAAUGAUUUAUGCAGUUGUCCACUCAAUCCCCUAUUGUGGUUCAUAUUUAUACUUCACUUGUUUAUUCAAAAUAGCUCAUUAUUUGCUUAGAGACAAAUUUUGAUGCCAAUGAGAACAAUAAAAUAUGCAUGUUUACCUUCAAUCCGCACUGAAUUAAAAUCCAAAUUAGAAAUUCCAGGCUAAAUUAGACGAGUUGUGAUGAUGACUGAAUUAAAAAUGUUUUCCUAAAACAGUUAUUUUUGCCCCAAUUGCCCCUUUCAUAGUUUAGUGUUUAAUCCUGACAGCUUAGCUAUCAUUUGGCAUUCCUUAAAACCAAAAUUUAAAAAAAGCAAAACAAUCUCACUGCGCACUCUAACAAAAUGCACUGCGCAAGCCUACAAGCGUGACGCUGAAUCCACCUGCUAUGUACUUCCAAAAUAACAGCAACAACACUGCCUAUGCUUUCAGUACAAUAAGGAUUCUGCAACAAAUUAUCCUUAAUUAGUGAUCCAUAUUUCAGCACUUGGAAAAUGUAUAUGCCUGCAGAAAUAUACAACUUUAAAUAAAAAUGUUAAAAAAAUUAAAUAAAAUUUAGUUUGUUGUCUUUUUUUUUAAAAGGAGCGUGGAUUACAUAAGCCCCGAAAGCUGAACCUAACAAGACAUUUAAAAAUGACAUGUUACUAGGGAUUGUUUAUCUUCAUCAUCCUUCUUUACCGUUGAUCAAUAUAGUUUUUAUUAUUAUUCCCUGUCCACCCAUUGGAAAAAAUUGAUCCAAUAAUAAAAAUAAGUGAAACUGACACCAGAUGGUUCAAGUAUGAGAGAUUACUAAGAGCAGCAAGGGAUUGUGGGUCAGUUCUCUAGCUGUAGGACGGAAUUUGGCUUGUAAUGCUAUUAUUUUUGGAUCUCUACGAAGUCUGUAGAGGAAGCAGGAAGGAGGGAGUUAGUUAGAAAGAAAAAAAAAGAAGAGGGUCUGAGCAUUUUUUACACAGUCUGCGUGAUAACAAGGGAAAAGGGAAGACUGAGGUAAGUAAACCAAUAUGGAAGUUAUAGAAGAAUUAAGGAAAAAAGAUCAAGUAUAAAACAGGAAAUGUUAGAGAUUAAGAGGGAGAAAAGAAAGUUAUGUAAACACUAAUUAAAAUACAGAGACGAUGAAGUGAGGGACAGAGAUAGGAAAAGUAUUGUUUUUGAGUAAGUGUUAAAGAAGGGUCAUUGAGUUAGGAUCCAUAAAAAAUACAUAGAAAAUCUAAUAGAAAGAAUUGUGACAGUGAUGGAAGCAAUGUUUGGAGUCCUUUCCAGUUGCACGGCAUUCGGCUAAAUCAUGUGAGAUAAUUGUGUGAUCAGAGGCUGGAAGAAAUUCUAGAUUCUCACUGCUACAACACCAGGAGUGAGGACAGAGAGAUACAUAAACUAAACAAAAGAUUAAUCGCAAGUUGAUAUCUAGAAAAUAGCAAUCUAUCGUAACAUCUUCUAAUGCCAGGAAGUGCCCAUCCAUUUGCCAAAACUUUGUAUAAAAAAAUCUCAGGCACGAAUAUUUUUAUCGCAUCCCACUAAUUCCUUUUUUAAAGUCAGUCAUUGCCCUUCCUAAGGGAGAAACAUGCUAUUAACAAUAAUAUCUUCUUUUUAGGGAUGAAUAGGAUCAUGGCGAACUUCCAUAUAUUAUUUGGUUCUGUUUGGUACCUAUGCCUAGUGCCAAGCAAUUCUUGCCCAGUCCACUGCAACUGUGUCACCAAUUCUGCCCAUCCUUCUGCAGAUUGUUCUUACCGAGGUCUAGAUUCGGUACCAACAGGCCUCCCUUUCAACAUCAGCCAAAUUAGCCUCUCUGCCAACUCCAUCAGCACCCUAAACACUUCAUCCUUUGCCGCUACCAUAAUGGUCAAGUCCCUGUGGUUAGCAUAUAACCAGAUCACCAGUAUUCAACCUGGAACUUUCAAAGGCAUGUCAAAGCUAAUGAGCAUCGACCUCAGUCAUAACCAACUCUUGGAUUUUCCCUGGAGUGAUCUCCCAGCCCUCCACGAACUUCAGGUCCUGAUUCUCAACAAUAAUAAUCUGGUGACUCUUCCAGCAAAUACGUUCAUUACAUCUAAAAGUCUCCGAUCUCUACAGCUCAGUAGCAACAAGAUACUAUCUCUUCCAGAAGGGCUUUUUGACUCAUUGACAUCAUUAUCUCACCUCAGUCUUUACAAUAACCCAUUUAACUGCUCUUGCUCUUUAUUUUGGCUUAAGGAUUGGCUAGGGAAAUCCAUGGUCACCAUUGACAAAAAAAAAGAGAUUGCAUGUUCGUUUCCCAAGGAGCUGUCAGGUGUCUCACUAGAAAAAUUGCCCGAUUUCCAAUGCAGAGCACCUUUACAAAUUCAGAGUAAUGACCCCUUGCUGGACAAGGCCUUGUUCCUCUGCAAGAAGGCUGGAGACCAAGACUUCAUGACACGUCAUUCUAAGGAGAUUGAGGUGAUGCUACAAUUCAUGGACAACAGGAACAUUUUUGUGACUCCUAUCAAAAAGGACAUAGUUUAUAGUUGUCGUUUGCAUAACCAUACAGCAGGCAUCACAUCCUUUUCCAACUAUCAGGCUUCAGGAUGGCUGCGGGAGGAGCAGGAGAAACUUCUCUUGAUUAUGGUUUCGGAAAGAGGAAAUUCAGCAGUGAUUGUAGGGUCAAUAUCUUUGGCUAUAUCUAUGCUAAUUUGUUUGGCAGUUCAGUGGUAAUAAAUAAGGCAUUUUCUAGGGAUCCCAUUUGGCCAGGUUUCAGGUGACAUUGGGGUUUAUUCCCUAAUCUCAUUCUGUAUCCUGGUAUAUAUUUAUAUAACAUCACAUAACAUUGUUAGCUCUAUCUGCACAUAAGUUAUACAGAGUGAUUCGUAAAGAAUCUGCUAAACAAGGAUUAGGCCGAGAACAGGUGAAAUAAACAGGGAGGAGAUGAAUGGGUUAAAAGUGAAGAAAGAGUCCUAGGAAGGGAUAAAGAAGAUACAAAUGAUGAUAUUAUAGAUAUUAUUAAUACUAAGUGCAAUAAAGACUUAUGGAAAUUAUAUUGAGGCAUAGAUUCUCUAAAAUACAAACGUUCGUUUUACAAAAACGUGGAAGAUGAUACCAGUACGUUAGCAGAGCAGGUGCUUUAAGUGCACCAUGACCUAUGUUUGCCAAGGCACUCAGUACAUCUUGGAAAUACCUUUGAUUUCAAUCUGAUAGCUCUCAAAGAAUAUCAAUCACCUUGGGUUCAGAAAUAAAAGAAAAAUUAGAAGAAAGAUUUUUUUUUAAAUGACAGACAGCAAUGUGAUUGAUAAAAUUAGAAAAUAACAGGGUGAUGUUUGAUAUAAAGGAAAAUUCAGUAGAGUCAGAGUUCUGAAUAUUUUACUAAACUACAAAAAUAAAGGGAAUAGCCAGCUCCCACAGUACCCCAUCCUGCUCAGCAGCGUGUUUUGGGUGUGUGUAGGAGGGGAGAGGUAGACUAUGUCACUGGAAGGUAUCUGGUGUAUCAGAUGCUACGUGGGUUGCAAACGAGGUGUUCCAUUGGAACAUGUAGGAAUUCUCUGAGAAUGGAGAGAGGGGUUAUGGAUAAGGGUGUAAGCAAGAUUCCAGCGAGCCCGAGCUAGUUGUGAUCGUCCACCCUUAUGAGAUCGGCCAUCGGGAGGCAUCAGGUGAAUUCCUGGAAAGAGUUUAAAAAAAGAAGUAUGUGGUCAAAUGAUAUGAUGAACUUGGGAGGAAAGCAACAAAAGACAGGGGCAAUAAAAUCAAGAGAAUCUGGAACAGGGGUAUGCAACCUUUGGCACUGCAGAUGUUAUGGGCUUAAUAUCCCAUAAUGUGCAUACAGCUAUAAUUCUGGCAAAGCAUCAGGGGAGAUGUAGUCCACAACACCUGAACUGCCGAAGGUUGCCUACUCCUGAUGUAGAACAUACAAAGUGAAUGAAGGGCUAAUGAAAAUAAUAUGUCUCUAGUUAUAGGCACUAUGUUUAAAUUGUAUGUUUUGUGGAAGCACACGUUUUGAGUUUACAGGGAAAGAGUAUGUGAACUAUUGCAUCAAUGUUAUAGAAAGCCAUAAAAGUAGUUUUAUAUGUAAGAGGAAAUGCAAUAUGGAGCAAGAUGGGACAUUAUCAUUUAGUGCACAAUUGUAUUGUACUGUAUUUGGAUAUGACAUUUUCACAGUUUAUAUAUUUAUUAUGGAGAGUUAAACCACUAUGAAUAAACAAUUCAAUUUAAAU